UCUAUAUGAGGCUCAGUAUUGUUCAGCAUAUCAUAAUUCAUUCUGUUUUGCCAUAAAACAAACAUAACAGUUCCUUUCCGUAGGUCUUGGCUUUGGAUUUUUGUACCUGUCGUCGGUCGUCGUUGUCAGUUACUACUUUGACAAAAGACGAGCUCUGGCGACCGGGAUCGCGGUUUGCGGCUCCGGCUUGGGAACCAUGGCGUUGGGUCCGCUGCUACUGUUCCUGAACGAAAAGUACAUGUGGCAGGAUACAACGCUAAUUUUGACAGGCAUUAUUCUGAACUGCGCCGUCUGCUGCGCACUGUAUCGUCCGCUGAAGCCGACCAAGGCACAACAGGACAGCUUCGAGCAAACGUUGGCUCAGCAUAUGCAAUCGGCCGAAGAAGACCUGUGCAGGCCGAAGCCCGUCGAGGACGAUUCGGCCAGAAGCCGUUCGUCGUCGAUCACCAGCGACGCAAUGUCCGACCUGUUCACCUUGGAGAACUCAUCCGUGCGCAGUAUGAAGAGGGAUCGCUUCAGCAGACAGAGGUGGUUCAGCGAGAGAGUCGAUGACGAUGUUUCGUUGGAUUCGAUGCCACCGAUGCUGUUCAGGAAAUGUUCGCUUCCUCCGGAGACGAUCAUGAACCGUAUGAAGAACGUGAAGAGAAUCACGAGACAUAGCAUAACGAAAAUCAAUCGUCCUCUGAACCGUAAAGACAUUUUUCUGUCAAUGGCAAGUAUUUCCACUUUGGAUAAAAUGACUGUGCCUGGGAAGACGACGACGGAGCCUGCUGAAGUGUCGACCAGCGUAAUGGAACAUGUGACAGUUGAACCAGAAAACUUAUGGGAAACCUUAAAGCGCACUUUGGCCGACCUACUGGACACAAGCCUGCUUUUGAGUCCGACGUACAUCGCUUUUGUACUGCAGAGUGGACUGGUAUGCUUUGCCUCGAUGAUACCGUUCAUCUACUUGCCUCCACAAGCCAUGAGUCUCGGUUACGCUGAAAAGGAAACGACGCUGCUGAUCACCUACAUCGGAGCCGUGAACAUCGCCGGCCGGGUGUCGUGCGGCUAUAUUUCCGAUAAACCAAAUAUCGACCCUCUCUCGGUACAGAACGUGACAGUGCUGCUGGCCGGCAUCGCAACUGUCCUUCUGCCAUUCGCGAAGUUGUACUGGCUACUGAUUCUCUAUUGCGCCUUCUUCGGGCUGGCUUUAGCCUCGUUUUACGCAUUGCGAACCAUAGUCUGUGUGAAUCUGCUUGGCAUCGAGAAGUUGACGAAUGCUUUCGGAAUAUCACUGAUUUUUUAUGGCAUCGCCGGCCUGUUUGGCUCUCCAACGGCAGGUAAAUAA